GGCUAGCUAAAAAGGGAAACGAAGGCCGCUGUUUCCGGCGAAAAUAUAGGCACGGCCGAAACCUUCAAAGCGCGUGCUCAGGCGAGGUCAAUCCGGAUGUCCCCUCGCCGGCGCCUCCAACCGACGCCCUCUCGGUGGCCGUCCACGCACGGCGACCCGUACUCCUGCCGCAGCAUCAUAAUCUCACAGCUGCAUCAGCAAAGGUGGGACAAUACUUACCGUAUCCUCUGCAUUGGAGAUAGUGGACCAGAGGCUUCAUCGGCCGGCUGAGGCAGACGGUGCAACCGGCCAUAUUUCCCUAGGCGCUCGCCGAAAUAUGAGUCAAAAUCUUGUUUUCGAGGAACUCCCACAGGACAUCGUACACCGUAUACAUUCGCUCUUGCCGGUGCAAGAAGCCGCGCGUGCUGCCUGCGCAUCUCGUGGGCUUCUACAUUCCUGGAGAUGCUAUUCCAACCUCACACUCAACUGCGAAACACUUGGGUUGACUCACAAGAAGUUUGAGGAGAGAGAGACCUACAUCAUUGACAAGGUUGACAAAAUUCUUAGAAACCAUUAUGGGAAUGGGGUGAAGGUGAAGACACUUAAACUUCAUCUUGCCCCUUGCAACAAUAUCAAAGCCGCAUGCCUCGAUGGGUGGCUCCAAGUCACCGUUAAGGCUGGGAUCAAAGAACUUGACUUGGCAAUGCCUUUACUCAUGAAGGAAAAAUACAACUUCCCUUGUUCCGUUUUGUCUGACGAGGCAGCUGCAAGUUCGAUUCAGUCUCUUGGCCUUUGGGGUUGCUCUUUUCAUCCCACGUCCACACUUGGCCUCUUGAGAAGAUUGAAAUGUUUACAGUUGACUCUUGUGGACAUUAGCGAGGAAGGAUUAGGCCUAUUGCUCUCAAAAUCUUCUUCCCUUGAGCAGCUGGUCCUCUUCUUUUGUAGUGGGAUAACUUGCCUGCAAAUACCUUGUACAAUGCAACAACUCAAUUUCCUUAGUAUUACAGAAUGCAAGAGUUUGAAGAUGGUAGAGAUCGAUGCUCCAAAUCUCUGCUCCUUUUAUUGUGUUGGGACCCUGAUAGAAAUCUCCAUUAGAAAUUCUUUUCAGCUUAAGAAUGUAAAUUUGUCAUGCAUUCUUCUCUCUGAUGCUCGCGCCAAGCUACCAUCCAUCCUAGGAACUGUCGAGAGCCUUACCCUGCGCUCUCGCACUGAGGUAUUUGUUGAUUUUAACACCUUCAAGAUCAUAGAUGGACUGUUUAAGUAUAUAAUGGAUAGAGAUAUGCAUGCCACACCUCUAUGCUGGAAGAAACAUAUGAUUAAUCCUUGGAUUUAUCGUUCCUUAGAAUGCCAAAGUUCCAACCCUGGCCUCCAAGCUCCUCUGCCUCAAGCACUUGGAUAUUGAACUCCUCGGACCAACAAUGGCCUUCCCACCUUUUAGAAAUAUAACGGACUUCCCCAAGAGCUAUGAUGUCUUCUCUUUGGUUUCAUUUCUUGAUGCUUCUCCUACCUUGGA